GCAAAAAUUGAAAGUUGCGUUAUUAAAAUUCAAUAUACUUAGUGACGAGAAGACGUCAUUUAUAAAAUCAAGCAAACAAUCACGGGACUUCGAGACGUCCUCAACCAUGCAAAGAAACGAGAUCGCGAGACAGCGUUGUGAAGAAAUCGCGUGACUAUGCACAUAACUCCUAAAAAGCGACACUGCGAGCCCGUGAAAUUUUGUGACACCCAGAGUUUUUGAGGGACCAUUCCCCACCCUUUGAACAGGUUAUAUGACCGUAAACCCUUGGUUAUAACUUCUCUCAACCCUUUCUAUAGACCGAUCACUCUUCCUCCUAAAGGUUGUUGUUAGAAAUUAGUUUUAUUACUUAACUGUAAUCGCUAAUUAAUUUUUAAGCAAUCAUUCGUAAUGAUUGAUCAAUGUGCAUGCUUCCUUACAUUCGGCGAAAGUGCACGUGUUCGAGCAUAAUUCAGAGUUCUUUAUGAAAUUGUACCAUUCGAUCCCUCAGUAGUCAUAGACUUUCUGUUCCUUUUUAGGAUAUCUUUCCAGACAAAGCAACCGAGCGGAAGGUUCUAUCGUUAAUCAUAAAAUGUCCAAGUGAUGGUUGUGAGUGGACUGGUGAAUUAAGAUAUAAAGAGACUCACUUGGCACCCUGCCCUUUUAGAGAUGUUCCCUGCACCAAUGAAAACUGUCCAGUUAUAUUGAAAAGCAAAGACCUCAGUGAACACGUGAGUGUCACGUGCCAGUGGAGGAUUAUACUGUGUGAAUUCUGCAGUGAGCCACACCCAAAGUGUCAAAUGGAGGAUCAUGUCCGAGAAAAAUGUAAAUUACGUCCAUUAACCUGCCCAUACAAGUGCGGCGCUCUAAACCUGAGGGACAAGGAACUGCAGGGUCAUCUUGAAACAUGUCAACGCUUCCCAGUGAGGUGUCCUAACAACUGCGAAGCAGUAAUUUCUCGAGGAAUGGUUUCAAAUCACAUUAAAGACUAUUGCCCCUUAACCAAAAUCCCGUGUCCAUAUGCGUGGAUGGGCUGCCGCACAGAGGUGCAGAGAGAUGAACUCGAAUCACAUCUUGAAUGUGCAACUAAAAGUCACCUCGAUUUGGCGUGCGGUGAGUUAAGGGACACCCAGGAAAAUGUAAAAGGGAAGAUCACACAUUUUGACAGACUUGAAGAGAGGGUAAAUAUCUUAGACGAGCAACUUGAUAAAGCAACUGAUAUUCAACACCAGCAUCAAUACGAAGUAGAUUCCCUGCAACAGCAACACCAACGGAGGGUUGAUCAGCUUGAACAAAAAGUAAAAACUUGCCAACAGGAACACCAACGGAGGGUUGAUCAGCUUGAACAAAAAGUAAAAACUUGCCAAACAAAUCUAGAGCAGAAAAUAAGUAUGGAGCGCAAAAUAUUUUUAGUUUGUUUGGUGUUGGGACUGGUGUUUUUAACGUUUUACUUGACGAAACUUGAAGAUAGAGUGCAGAAGAAACUAGAAGAAAAAUUGAGUGUUAUUCAGAACCUGCAUGAAAAGAAUUUGGGAAUGGUAAAGAAGGAACUUGAAGAUAGAUUCCAGAAGAAACUAGAUGACAAAGUAAGUGUUAUUCAGCGCCUGCAGAAAGAGAAUGUGGGUAUGGUAAAGAAGGAUCUUGAAGAUAGAUUCCGGAAGAAACUAGAUGACAAAGUACGUGUUCUUCAGCGCCUGCAGAGAGAGAGUGUGGGUAUGGUAAAGAAGGAACUUGAUGACAAAUUUAAUUCGUUUAACACUGACCUUAGCAAUAAACUAUUGAUAUUAGAGGUGGAUACAGAGAAAUCCCGCAUUUUUAUAUGGAAGAUAACAAGCUUUGAAGACAAAUUGAGGCAAGGAAAAAACAAUGAAAAGAUGGACAUUGACAGCGAUCCGUUUUACGCCUUUGGCUACAGAUUGAUGCUAAACAUGUACCCAAAUGGCAAUGGCGCUGGAGAGCACACUCAUCUCUCCAUAUUUAUUUGUAUAAUGAAAGGUGAAUAUGACGCCAUAUUACCCUGGGGGUUCUCAAAGCGAGUAACAAUUACGUUAAUCGAUCAGCAAGAUGAUCCAAAUCAACGACGAAACGUUGUUUAUGGAUUUACUGCAGACCCAACUCAAAAACGCUUUAAAAAGCCUGUAGAACAUGAUACCGGUUCAUGCUUUGGAUUCCCACAAUUUGUAUCACAUAAUGACGUCAGGACAAAAAGCUUUGUUGUUGACGACACCUUAUUCAUUAAAGUUCAAGUAGAUUCAUCGUCAUGGCUUCAGCGUUAACCUUAUACACGUUAAAGGCUGCCAGUGGUGUGGUUUGUCUAUGUUCUUGGAAAAGGAUGUUUUCGUGGUGACCGUACUUUGAUAACAAGAGCAAUAACUUAAUUUACCCAUACAUUUAUAAUUUUACAAAUAUAUAAAUAUAUGUGUGACUGAAUUCAUGAAAACCGUGUUAAAGACUUUCCACCAAAAUAGCCGUAUGCACUUUGAUUUCACACCUCCAAAAAGCCUCAGUUAAAUUCACUCCAAACGAUGAGGAAAAAAAAACAAAAAAAUAGAGAGAGGAUAGCAAGAAAAGGGAGAUAAGAGAGUGGAGGAAAAAAUAUAAUGGACUGACAUUCCUUUUAAUUCUUAUAUCGUCUACUUUGGAGAGAGUCUCUGGCAAGAAAAAACGCGCUUGAUUUCUUAAACACCGUUUUCAUAAAUCCAGACAUAUAUCUGAGCGAUUUCGCAAAAAAUGCCCUCUAGGAUUUUGCCUGAAUCCGCGCACAGCCCGGAUCCAGGCUAAGGCAGCGACCUUAAACCCAGGGGAGACUCCGUCAAGGCUAGGCUGGGGACGUUGUUCAGGCACUGGCCUACCUGCUGGUGGUUUGCUGGUGGCCAGCUGUCAAAAACAGGGGGUAGGGGAGGGUGUCUUGUACUGACACCUCCACCUAGCUAGACUUAUUUGAGUUUUCAGUGUUAAAUAACCUUAAUAUUGACUGUGUUUCUGGGUAUUUUACUCAGUUGUUUAACCUUGUUUGAGGGUUCUGUGUUGAGAUGGCACCCUGCUGGAGUGGUCCAUGCCAAGUGCAUGCGUAACGGGCCAAUCCCCUAACCACGGGGGUGGUCAGAGGAUUUCUGACCCCUGGGGCUGUAUUUGAGUCAAUGCGGGCAUGUUUCUGCCAACACGGUCAAAAUUGUUAAGGGGCAAAAGGCAUCCCACAGGACAAGGGGCCACAGGUAUUGCAUAUUAAGGCCAGCGUUGAGGCAAUUUGGUUUCCUGAAGCAUUUUUGGUCUCGAUAAUCUUGAGGGCAAAAGGCCCCUGGCAGGCACCCCAAACGACAAGGGGCCACUGGUCUUGCAUGUUUAGGCCAAAAAUGAGACAAUUUGGCUUCCUGGAGCAUUUUUGGGGUUGAUAUCCGAGCGAUUUCGCAAAAACAUGCCCGCCAGAUUGGCUAAGGCGGCGACCUUAAACCCAGGGGGAGCUCCGUUAGGGCCAGGCUGGGGACAUUGCCCAGGCACUGGCCAACCUGCUGGUGGUUUGCUGGGGGCCAGCUGUCAAAAGCAACGUGUAGGGGUAGGUGUCUUGUAUUGACACCUCCACUUAGCUAGACUUAAUUGAGUUUUCAGUGUUAAAUAACCUUGAUAUUGACUGUGCUUCUGGGUAUUUUAAUCAGUUCUUGAACCUUGUUUGAGGGUUCUGUGUUGACAUGGCACCCUGCUGGAGUGGUCCAUGCCACGUGCAUGCGUGAGGGGCCAAUCCCCCUAGCC